UAAAAUAGAUGACAUUCCGCUUUCUUUCAUUCCUGUGGUUUUCCUUUCGGUCUGCAAUCUAUUUACUAUCCAGAGAGAGGAACCUUCCAGCCAUCCACUUGCAUAUGAACAGAAUUUGGGAUUAUCCUUCGACGCCUGUGACACAGAAAGGGAUCUGUGCUGCGUGCAAUGAAGCUUCUCUCGAGACUUCCCGUCUUAAAACACACUUUUGCCCCCAAAUGGCCUUAUCAAAUCAAAAGCCAAGCCUGCAGUGGAGCACCAUCUCUGGACUUCCCGGACUCUGAAGCUGUGCCGGAGUAUUUCAAUUUUGCCAAAGAUGUGCUGGAUGCAUGGGCCCAAAAAGAGAAGGAUGGGAGAAGGCCUUCCAACCCGGCUCUCUGGUGGGUGGAUGACCAGGGCGAGGAGGUGCGCUGGGGCUUCGAGGAGCUGGGCUUCCACUCCAGGAAAGCGGCCAGUGCGCUCUCAGAGGGAUGCCGCCUGGACAAAGGGGACGGGCUCCUCCUGGUCCUCCCAAGGGUCCCAGAGUGGUGGAUGAUCUCCGUGGGCUGCAUGCGGGACAGGUCAGUACAACUGGACUAUGCAUUAAAACCAAUAAAGGCAAUGAAAGACAACAAUGUAUUACCUUCCCAUCUUGUUGCUUAGACAUGUUCUUCUCUC